CAAAUAAUGUUUGUUUUCUAUGGAUGAACCGCGAUUAUAUUUUCUACGACUGUCUAAUAAAAUGAAAGUCCUAAUCCGAUGAUUAUAAUUAAUCUAACGAUUACAUGUUUAAAGUGAGGUAAUCCAUUGUUUUCCGCACGUUUACAAUAGUGCUUUGUGAUUGUUUUAUAUUAUGUUACUCCCUAUUUAUAAGAAAAUGUAUUCUAUUCAUCGAGUUCAGUCAGCCAGUUGAUGAUGAGAUGAUGACAAAGAUCUUCGCUCUUACAUUUGUGUUAUGCGGCUGCACGUGGCAAGCCAAUGCCGCUGUGAACUGUACGGCGACGGGCGCUGGCCGGCACCCCGACCUGGCCGACACGACCUGCAAGAACUACACCCUCUGCAUCUACGUUAAGGCCUCCAACACCUACCUCUCCUACAACACAAUAUGCCCUAGCAUCACAGUCUUCGACCCCAGGAUCUCCCGUUGCACCUCUCCAGAAAACUUCGAGUGCAAAGUCACUCCUGAAAUUAAAUCUCCAUGCACAACAGAAGGCUUCAUACCAGACCCCAACACUAACAAUUGUUCCUCAUACAUCGAGUGUAUAGAAAUAAACGGCAACUUCUCUGAAUGGAAAUACGAUUGUCCAAAGAAAACUUAUUAUAAUCCUAAAACUACGUUUUGUGAACCGGAUUAUAGUUGCACUGAAAAAACGUUCAAUUGUACAAAGGCUGGAAGAGUUGCGGAUGAAAAUGAUUACACAUGCAAGAGAUACUACUACUGCGUGGAGUUGGCGAACGGGUCGUUUGCUCAAUACAACUACACGUGCCCUAGUACAUCAUUGUUCAACCCUAAUACCAAAUUGUGCACUGCAAAAUAUCAAUGCGUUUGAAGUAUAUGCUCAUCUCUUUUUAGCAAGAAAUGGAUGUCUGCAGAUCCCGCGUUAAUAUACGUCUUAGAAUUCUAUUGUUAAAUUAAGAACAAUUUUGAGCAAUCUUGGUUGUAUUUUUGAAUUACUUAUCGUUAAAAUAAAUAAUUAAUAAUAUGUAUGCAUGCAUUAUGUAACUCAUACAAGAAUUAAAAUAAAGCUUUUAUUCAUACUAUUGUUUAAAUUGAUAAAGACCUCAUGUUUACCACAUGAGGUUUUCAAUGUGAAGAACCCCUAAAGUACUGAAAAGAUCGUUACCUGCCACUUUUACAUCUCUUAUCACAAGAAAAUAAUAAUAUAAAAUGAUUACAAAACAUAUCAAGUAUCUAUCUUAAAUGCCACCUAAUUACUUUUUUAUGUGACCGUGAGUACUGGCACUUUAAAGAUGCAUUUUUAUGUUCAGAACUUACACCUCGUACAAAGCAAAGCAUCAUUUACUCAUAAUUCCAUUAGCACAAACAAAUGUAGCAUUUCUGGGCUUAUUUCCACUAUUUAUAAUUGCCGAUGAUACAAUGAAAAUUCAUUAUAUUGACAGUGAGUGUUCGACCUCGUAUUGAAUUUGGCCCCUGAACUGUAUAUUAGGGGAGGUAGCUACUACUUAUAAUGGACAAAUAUAAAAAUAAAAAUAUGGGUUCUUUUAACAGACUAUUUUAAAAUGGCUUCGGCUUGCUUCUUUCAUGAACAAAGUUAUUGGGUACCGAAAACUGUUAUAAUUCUUUGUAGAAUACAAUAUUGCACAUACAUAUCUGCAGGCAUGAGUCUUAAAAUGACAGAAAAUUUCAUUUAUGUGACGUGAUGUUCAUACUUGGGUACUGCAAACUAAGUUUAUUCCAUUUCAACAGAAUGUUUAGAAAAAUCCUUUAGUAUGUCAUAUUUUCUUUAUUGUCGUAUACUUUAACUAGUGUUCGUGCACGGUCUAGACGCAUUAAUAACACUGGUGAUUCAAUAUUCGCCGUCGAUAAUAACGACAAAUUAAAGUCAUUACUGUUUUAACUAUUAAAAUUCUUUGUCGUAACGAAUCUCGCUUUUCAUUUAAGCACUUUAAUUUUACGCUCAUAUUUAAUAAUGCACAAACAUGAAAGCAAUGUGCCAUAAGAAAUUUAUGGCUGAGUAGGUGUAAUGUCAAUAUUGAAUACAUAAUUACGGUUGAGACACCAGAUUUUGAUUACGCGCGUGAUAAUGUUGAAUUGUUAUAUUGUUUUUGUAAUA